UGUUUCCCCAUAGCAGGUAGAGACUCUGCCCUGUUCGUCUCUUCAGUCGGCUCAUCAACGCACGCAGACAUGCUCUGAGCUCCAGCAUCUUCGACUUGAGCUCCAUCGGCCUUCCCUUCCUUCUCCAUCUCCUCGGGUCAGAAUUGGCAUCAUGGCCUUCAGGAAGCAUACAGGGUAUCUUCUGUGCUGGAGUAUCUUCCUGCUGUCCUCUGUGGAAACUCAGGAUGUGUUUACCCCAUUGCACAGUAGCAACAGCAGUGAGUCCGCUCUCAUCCCCUCCCAGGCCUCCACUGAGCCAGUCAGCUCUGUGUCCUCCCAAGCUCCCCCAGCUCAACAGGAGCCAGACAACGUCUCCACACCUGGGUCCUCACAACCCACGGACACCCUGGGCCACCUGACGGCAGUGACCCGACAGCCCCUGGACCAGCCGGUGGAUGUGAGACCACGUACAGAGGCAACUCGAAACAGUAGUUCAUCAGCGACAGGAAGUGAAGAUGAAAAGACAGACGUUCGAACCACCCAAGGCCCGGAGCCCGACACCAGCACCAGUGACGAGGGUGAGAACCUCUCACAGCCUCGGGUGACCAGCCCAGGUCCAUCAUCUGGCCAGAACCUUAAUCCUUCUGUGCUGACAACUUUGCCAGGUGUUCCUCCACCUCCUCUCUCCCCUGUGAGUAUCACCUCAGAAACAGAACAACCAACUGAAACACCUUCCAAGGCCCUGGGCCCAUCGUCUCGUGAACUAGCUACCACCACUCUCAGCUCUUCGACAACACAUUCCCCCAUGCUGGAGCUCACUGUCACCACUGGACCCUUUUCCUCCACCGUAGGCCCUAGCUCUACCAACGAGUCCAUCUCUACCAUGGGCCCCAUUUCUACCAUGAAGUUCACCUCCACUACGGGCCCUAUCUCUACCAAUGAGUCCAUCUCUACCAUGGGCCCCAUUUCUACCAUGAAGUUCACCUCCACUACGGGCCCUAUCUCUACCAAUGAGUCCAUCUCUGCCAGCUCUAACCAUACCUCGACUGAAUCCACCACAGCCAUUGGACCUAUCUUUACCCAUAACAAUGUCUCCACCACAGCAGCCAUUAUCACCACAGCCAACUCUACCAACUCUUCAGGGGUCCUGAUUCCAAAGGUUCCCAGGAGGAACAACGUGUUUCCCCCAUCGACAACCACGUCCACCAAGACACCCGACCAGGACAAGGGCCGCGGAGAAGGAGGCGGGGUCCUAUCCUGCCCCACGAACCGAAGAGGAGGCCUAGUAAGCAUGUGUCUGAUCGCCAUCGCCUCGCUGGCAGGAUUAGCUACCAUCUUCAUGGUCAGCACCAUCAUCCUCUGCACCAAGCUCUCGUCCUGGAAGCGCAUGUACAAGAUGAGAGAGGGACAGCGGGGCACAGAGAUGACGUGUAUCUCCGCGCUGCUGCCUGAAAUCAACCGGGAGGUUCUAGGAAGGUCACGCAUUCACAACCGAGGGCUUCUCAACGGUGGCGAGUUGGACAGUGACGACGGAGGCGACGAUUUGACUCUCCACAGUUUCCUCCCCGACAACGACCGUGUCGUGUAGACGUGGGACUAGAAGAGGAAUGUUUGUUGUCACUCGUUGUGACAGGGGGAACACCAGCCUGGUUGACUAGUUUGGAGUCAGAUGGCUGAGCGGUUAGGGAAUCAGGAUCGGGCUAUUACUAUGGUUGCCGGUUUGAUUCACGGCCGUGCCAAAAAUGACGUUGUGUCCUUGGGCAAGGCACUUCACCCUUGCUUGCCUCUGGGGGAAUGUCCCUGUACUUACUGUAAGUCGCUCUGGAUAAAAGUGUCUGAUAAAUGACUAAAGGUAGUUACAUUUCGAACUUAAGUUUGCCUGAAAACUGGUGGCCAUGUUAGUAUUCAGCACAUCACCAGGCUUGAAAGAAACUUGCUUUGUUUGUGUCUGGCUUAUCCCUUUUCCUGGUCAUAAAAAAGGACCUAUGUGUGCAUACAGCAGCAGGAUGUGAGAGGAGUACAAAAAUAUACUCUAUUUUCAAAAUGUGUUUGAAGAUGUCCUCAGUUGGAUGAAGACUUGAUGUCUGGUUGACUGCUGUGAAUGUGGAACCAACUGUUGCUUUAAGAUUUACAGAUUACAGCUUCCUCUUUGAAGUCAACGGUCUGGCAUCACUGCAUCCGCCUUUCAGUCAGAGGAGGAGACAAUGAAGACUCAAAUGCAGAACCAGAGAACCAUUUCAUGACACAUUACCGUGAAACGGACUUCCCGUGUUUGAGGAAGUCAGGUGGUGAAAACUUGUCUCAUAAAGCACUCUUAUAUACCAAUUCCAAACUAAUGGGGGUCUCUGCAGAGUUCAUGCAGCAAUUUAUAGAUUUGUCCAGUAUUUUUUCUGAACCCUCUUAACAUAAAUUCUUGAAAAAAGGUAUGUAACAGUGGGGUUGGGAUGAGAACAGCGAUGUGAAAAAUGUCAGAAACCUUGCUGGUGUUUCACUUACCAACAGGCCUGUUUUAACCAAUGCUCCCAGCGCAAAACACAGUUUACAGGGGAGAUUUAAAACCUACGAGUGAUUUAUGGAUCUGAAACUGAAGUUUUGAGUUUCAUUUGCGAAUUGCUUUCAGUUACAGUCGAAGACCUCAAUCUGACAGAGAUGGCAAAGUAAGAAUGUACAGCCAUUUCUGAACCAUGCAUCUGUUGACUGAGUUGUGUAUAAUCCUAGGCUGCAGCAAUAAACAUUUAAUUCAGGGGU